AAAAAAAACUAAGGAGCGCACAACCCAGCCGUCAGUGCACACUGGUAGAAAAAUAUGAUCCCGAGAAGAGCGACUGCUGCGUUUCAACACUCAAGACAACAAUUUCAUUGCGACUAAUUUCAAUUGAAAUCUCAGACCAUCGCUCAGUCUGGUCCUUGUUGAACUAUUUUCCUCUCCAUUCCCUCUCUCUCUCUCUUUCUCUUUCUUUUUUUGCGCUGGAUCUUUCGUGCCAAAAAAUGUGUGUGGAGAGCGAUGGAUGUGAGAUUGAAGGCUGCAGUAGUUCGGAUGAGGUGCGCACGCUGUCGGGCAGCAUGAGCCCCGCACUGAAAUCCAACCCGGACCUUCACCCGUGCAAACCGGGGCAGAAAUUCCGCGCCGCGCUGCUCAGAUGCCGCUCACCGGCUGUUGCUGCCGGGAUCCUCAGCUUUGGGAACGUCCUCAAUUACAUGGAUAGAUACACUGUAGCCGGUGUUCUGCUCGACAUUCAGCAGCAUUACGGUGAAACAGACAGUAGCAUCGGCUUGUUGCAAACAGUCUUCAUCUGCAGCUUCAUGGUGGCAGCUCCAAUCUUCGGUUACCUGGGCGACCGCUUCAACAGAAAGGUCAUCCUGAGCUGUGGCAUUUUCUUCUGGUCCAUUGUUACUCUGUCGAGCUCCUUCAUCAGUAAAGAGUACUACUGGCUGUUUGUACUCUCCAGGGGACUGGUGGGUAUCGGUGAGUCCAGCUACUCCUCCAUCUCUCCAACCAUCAUAGGAGACCUGUUCACUAAUAACAGCCGCACGAUGAUGCUCUCCGUCUUCUACCUGGCCAUCCCCCUGGGAAGUGGGUUGGGUUACAUCCUGGGCUCCUGCGCCAAGGAAGCUGCAGGAGACUGGCACUGGGCGCUGAGGGUGUCCCCACUUUUUGGGAUCACGGCGGGGACUCUGAUCCUGCUGUUCGUGCCAGAGCCAAAGAGAGGCUGCCUUGACCAGAUGGGAGCACGCAUCAAGACCCGCACCUCAUGGGUCUGUGACAUGAAGGCCCUCACCAAGAAUCGGAGCUACGUGUUCUCCUCGCUGGCGUCUUCUUCAGUGUCCUUUGCUACGGGUGCGUUUGGUAUCUGGAUCCCUGUGUACCUGACCAGAGCCCAGGUGGUGCAGAAGACAGCAGAGGCCUGCACAAAAGACAGCUGCAGUAGCACAGACAGUCUGAUCUUCGGGGCGAUCACCUGUGUGACGGGGCUGUUAGGCGUGGUCAUCGGGGCGGCCACCACGCGUCUGUGCCGCCAGAGGACUGAGCGAGCCGAUCCGCUCGUGUGUGCUGUCAGCAUGCUGGGCUCGGCCAUCUUCAUCUGCCUCAUCUUCGUGGUGGCCAAGAAGAGUAUCGUAGGAGCUUAUGUUUGCAUCUUCAUAGGAGAGACGCUGCUCUUCCUGAACUGGGCCAUAACAGCAGACAUUUUAAUGUUUGUCGUUAUUCCCACUCGGAGAGCAACGGCGGUCGCCUUUCAGAGCUUCACCUCCCACCUCCUGGGUGACGCAGGAAGUCCGUACCUGAUAGGCCUGAUCUCCGACGCCCUUAAGCAGAGCUACGCUACAUCAGCGCUGUGGCAGUUCCUCAGUCUUGGUUAUGCCCUCAUGCUUUGUCCCUUCAUCAUCGUCCUGGGGGGCAUGUUUUUCCUGGCAACUGCACUGUUUUUCCUGGAUGACAGAGAGAAGGCCGAGAAACAGUUGAGCCAGCUGUCACGAUCACCCUCCGCAGUCAAGGUAUGACCAGGUGACAACCAAAUGAGGAGGCAUGUGAAGGAGCAGCCAAACUCAAUAAGGAUGACUAAAUGGAGAUAAAAAAGAAAAGCGAGGGCAGCUGAUCCACUUCUUUAAAACCACACCCAUGUCCUCUUCCUCGUCGUCACCGCCAUGAUCAUCCUCCGCCUCUUCCUCCUCCGCUUGGCUCCUGCUGCUCUUCCUUUUUACACGCUCGUGGAAGCUGCUCAUAACUGGAAUGAGGGAGCGUCUUGCCCCUCCUUGAUACGCCUCUAAAAUCACAGGCCGUUGAGAAGGCACACAGCGGUGUGUCAAAGCCUGCCGGCCGACAGCUGGUGUCCUCCUCACCUCUGUCUGCGAGGUUCCACUGACCCUUCCAGGGAGGAGGUGGGGUGGUCCCCUGUGACCACUCCGACUCCUGAUGCCAUACUACUGAAUGCUGACCAUGAACCUGCCCUGUCUGUCUGCCUGUCUGUCUCUAUGUGUCUGUCUGUCCGUUACAUCGGCUGUCAAUCUGCACCAAGUGCCAUAGCGUUAUUACAUUCCUUCAGACUUUGCACUGACCACCAACAACCCUCAUGACAUCAUCACUGACUAUGUUUACAUGCACACUGAAAUUCAGCUUUUGGCGAUGAAAUUUGUUUAAUUGAGCUGUUUAUAUCUGCUAGACAGUCGAAGCAGCGUCAUUUGUAAACUUCAGUUAUAGAGAUCCAUUGGUGUCUCUUUUGCUCCCAUACACAUCUUCCCCAAUUUAUUCUGCCUUUCAUCUGGCUUUUGAAACUGUAAACAGACAGUAGCUGCAAAUUUCAAGUUAUGCGGAGCAAGUGAUGCAACUAAAAUGUGCAGCAAGACAAAAUUUGUAUCAAAGUGUUGUUUAUCUGUUCAAAUAAGCCUCCCAUGAUGUGACUAAUAUCAGAUUUCUCCACAAAUCGUAAUUGUAGUAUUACCAACAUAAACGUCUAAGCAACAUACGUAAAUACAGUGUUUACACGACAAAUGCAGUAUUCUCAUAAUGGCAUCACGAUCAAACUUUCGCUGUGCAUGUAAACAUAGCCGUCAACUAAGAGCCAAAAAGUGUUACUGUCUAAAGGUCAGUGAAUCAGCCUUAAAAUUGGAGCUUUCACAUCAACAGAGCUAGCCAGCUGUUUCUUUUGACCCCCACAUGUUUUUAUUUUUAGCUUUUAGCACUUAAAUCAGUGUAGACGGUGCCAGAGAACACGACAGAGAUGAGAGAUUUCUGCACAUUAUUUUUCACAAGGUUUCUUGUGAUUUUUUUAAAAAAUUUUUCUGCGUGUGUGUUUGUGUGUGUGUGUGUGUGUGUGUGUGUGUGUGUGUGUGUGUGUGUAUGAUGUUGGAUUUGAAACUGGAGGUUACUGCGUAUGAUUGUUUCAGAAGGAUAAUGAUGAUGCAAUCCGGGCGAUUUAAAGAGGACACUGGAUUAUAUAUUUUAUAAUUUAUGAUGUACAUGCUUUUUCCCAAAUGUAAAUGAAAUGCUACUCUUUUGACUUGGAGCCGUUUUAAGGAGUAACACCUGUGUUUUUUAUGUAGAUGAGAAGCAAUACUAUUCUUUUUUUCUUUUCUUUUCUUUUAUGUGGAAGCCAACCUUUUUAUCCACACUGCCUUAUCAGUGAGCUGGGUUUCCCUCUAAAGGGUUAGCUCUCUGAUGGUUGGUUUUGAAUUUCUGGACACAACGCCCACACAGAGACGGAGUCACUUUGAAUGAUGGAUUCCAGUCCACUCCAUGCCGGUUACAAUAACAGGCAUUGUGAAAAGACACCUUUCCCGCCCUUGCAAAUUGUAGAUAUCCCAUUCCACGAUUAGAAGACAGGACUUUUGGGAAGGGCUGGAGUAACAGUCAUCGGGGUUAUUAGUGAGGGAAAUCAAAAUCCCAGACAGGAACAGGAAAUCCUUCGGCCCCAGGUGGCGGGCUCUUAUCGUUGAUAACAGAUAAGCGAGGAAUCCCCCUGCUUUGAAACCAGACCGGCAUGUCUUCAGAUGUCACUACAGGAGCUGAAAAACCCCCUUCAAUAGUCCCCUUCAAUACCUGCAUUUAAUAGCACCAGAGAAUGGCAUAGAGAUUUACAUAGGAAAUAUAAGUCCACAAUUAGACAGAAAGCCUGGAUUUGAUUUCAUCAAUCUCUGCAUUCAUUACUGUAUCAGAUUUGUAAUUAUGCAACUUAAAUGCAAUCUCCCAUAAAGAAAAAGAAGCAAGUUUUGUAUACACAAAGAUUUAAUCAAAAGUGUCAUCUUUAAGGAACAUUUUUUUGUAGUUUAUCACCUAAUAGAUACAAUUUUACUGAAACCUUUAAUCCACUAAUGGAAUCUAGGGUUUUAAAACUUGUGCAUAAAGAGAAAAAGCACUUUGCAGACCUCCAAGAAAACACAGAAGGAGGAGGGUGGAUUGACCUCAGCGGAGGAAUAAAGGGAGACGUUGAGUUGUUUCUUGUAGCAUUGAUGUGUGAGCAUGACUCACUGGCUGUGUGUGGGGUGCUGUGUGGGCUGUGUCCUUGUUGCCAGAUCAUUAGCUUUAGCUUCUCUCCAACUGCGUGGAGCUCUUUGAAUGUGAUUCUGUCCAACCUGAUGUGUUUACACACCUACAUCUUCUUAAUGAACUAAGCUUCUUACCUUCCUUUUAUCGAUUCUUUUUUUAAUGUUACCAAAUGAGUUUUUUUAUUAUAACUACAAUAGAUAUAUAUAUAUAGCUAUAUCACGCAGCAACUUUAAUAUAUUGUAAAUGAUGGCUUGGAUGCAAUGUAUUUAUUUGUUUGUUACCAUAAUGAAGAAUAAUCUAUAAAGGGAAGUUUAAGGUUUGAGUAUACUACACUUUGUUGUAUGUCUUUGGGUUAAGAAAAGCCUGUUUGUUCAUCUUUUUAUAUCACAAUGAAACAACACAAUACCUUUUUACAUCACUAAGAUUCAUCCUGUUUACUGUGAUCAUGAAUUGGACAUCUCACACAUAUUACAUACACAAAGGAAUUGUAAUGUGAUGAAUUUUAAGACAACGUAUUGGUCUCAUCUUUAGGAUGCAAUACUUUUGCAUUUAUUUUUGUAGCUCUUGUAUGUUUUUUGUUUUUGUUUUUUUUUUUCAGAGUAACUGAUCAAAUCAUUUUGCACACUUAAUGUUCAGGGAUUUGUUUGAACCAUAGCCUAGCAUCCCAUCCCAGCCUCUGCCACAGAGGUCUGUCACUUCAUGCUCACAGUAAGUGCUGACACAUUGUCAUCUAUCAUCAGUAGGGACGUUGGCUCUGGUCAGAUGGGUCAUGAAUUGAGUUUCACUUUGCCAAAUUUAGUUGAUUUAGCACCAAUCCUUUAGUAUAGGUCUGUUGUAUUGAGUAAUUCUAUGUUAAUAAUCACUGAAGUGAUGUAUUGAGAAUGUGCUAUUUCUUGUCAUACAAGAAUUGUGUAUAAAGAAACCUAUUUCUGAUGUUGAGCAGAAAACAGAGGUUAUUUUUAUUUUUAGAGCAAGUCAAUACAAGAGACGUGUCAAAGGAUAUUAUUGUAGAACUGAACUGUGAUGCUCCCUCGGGGUUUGAUAGAAAAUGUACAUGUCUGUAAAUCAAAUAAACCUAUUUAAUCACUUCA